CCUCCUCUACAGACAAUAUUUGGACUUCUCUCUGGCAACACCAAAGUCAUACUUUCAAGAGAAACGAAACUAACCAGUUCCAGCCUUGUUUUGGUGCUAUCAAUAUCUCCUUUUUUAAUCUCCAGUAUGGAAAAAGAAACAGACAUGUCUUCAGAUCUCAGCUCUACUGCACCCUCAGAUGUAGAGUGUGAUGUGUGCACAGGAAGGAAACGUAAAGCAGAGCAGUCUUGUUUACAUUGUUUGUCUUCAUACUGCGAAAACCAUUUGGACAUCCACAACAUUCUACAUGCGAAUGCGAAGAGACACAAACUGGUGCUGGCCAUGGGAAGACUCAACGAGUGUGUCUGUCCUGAGCAUGACAAACUCAUGGAGGUUUUCUGUCGCACAGAUCAACAAUGCAUCUGCCAUCUGUGCAUUACAAAUAAACACAGAGCUCAUGACAUCGUCUCGAUUGACUAUGAGGUGGCGGAAAUGAAAUUUAAGCUUGGAACCACACAGAGGGAGAUUACUGACAGGAUUAAAACCAGAGAGAGUGAAAUUCAAGAAUUAACACAAGCAGUCGAGGCUUUCAAGACAUCAGCAAGGCAGGCAGUGGAGGAGAAUGACAAGAGCUUUACAGAGCUGAUCCACUGGAUUGAGAUGAGACAGUGUGAAGUGAAGGAGAUGAUCUUGACUCAGGAGGAAGCUGCCAUGAAGAAGGCCAAGGAACUUUUGGAGCAACUGCCAUCAGAUAUCAGUGAACUGAAGAGGAGAGAUUUUGAACUACAACGCCUAGAGCGGCUCGCUCAAGCAGAUAAUGGUGUCCAUUUUCUAAAGGGUAUUUUGUCCACUACAGCACUGUCUUCAUCCUCAUCUUCCCCUGUGCUCUUCGUCCAUCCAUACUCCUCUUUUCAUCUCACCAAUGAAGCGGUCUCGGACCUUAUAAAGAAGAUGACACAUCUUUGCAAUUUGUGCUUCUCUAACAUCUCUGAACAUGUAAAGACAGCAGAAAUUCUGGCAUCGCCUGGUUUGAAAAUGCGGAAAGAUUUAUUGCAGCAUGCUUCCAAGCUCACGCUGAACCUUGACACAGCACAUGUGUCUCUCCGCUUGUCCAAAGAGAACAGGGAAGUGACUGCCAUGCAUCUGGCACAGGAUUACACCGACCAUCCGGACAGAUUUGACUCCAGAGCACAAAUCCUUUGCAACGAGGGUCUUCAAGGCACCCCACAGUACUGGGAGGUGGAGUAUGGAGGCAGCAACUGGGUGUGCAUGGCUGUGUCCUACAUUGGAAUCUUCAGGAAAGGAAAAAAGGGUCCUCUCUUUGGCAGAAACCCUUGUUCCUGGGGCUUACGCUGUUAUUACACUUCCUUUGAAUUCUGGCAUAAUAAUACACAUAUAUCUGUUAAACAUAACAAGCGUUGCUCUAGAAUAGGAGUGUAUCUGGAUCAUGGAAAAGGUAUAAUGGAGUUUUACAAUGUCUCAGAUGAUAUGAGUCUCAUCCAUAAGGCCCAGGCCAAGUUUACAGAACCUGUAUAUGCUGGGUUUGGACUGGCAGGGAAAGGCACUCACAUCAAGCUCUGUGAUUUGGAGGAGGCCAUGAGUGAGAAAAAAAAUGUUUUCUUACUCUAGUAACAGACUAACUUGAAGGAACUGGAAUCGAGGUUGUUACAAUGAUAUCAAACUUACAAUGAUUCGAUUUUUAAGCACCGUAUGAAUGUACAGGGUUUGUUUGAUUUUUCAGUGUAUAGUUCCACCAAACCAACAGCAGAGGGCAGAAUAGACUGUAAAUUUGAACCUGAGCUCGCGCACCCUCUCUCUCUCUCUCUUCAUGGUUUUGGAG